AUGGCUGACACGGAUUACACCGAGCUAAUUCUUGCUAUUGUAGCAUUGAUCAUUUCAAUUCUAGCCUUUGUUAUAGCCAUCCUCCAAGCCCUCCAACAGUAUUUCGCGUCAGCUACAGGAUACUCUUCUUGCAGGGAGGCUGUCAUAGGAAAGUGGGCGCAGUUCUCUCACAGGCGACUUCUCUGGAAAGAGUUCCGCAUCGAGGUACAAUUCGAAACACCCGUGUUAUUCGUGGCAAAGCCAGAAAACACCAGAGGACCCCUAGGAAACGAUGAAGACUUUCCCGAUGAAGACAGGAAGAUUAUCCGCCUAGACGGCAGCCCUGCGAACCUCAAGUAUACCUCGAGUACCGAAGAGUUUGACGAGCAGCAGAAGAAGAACAAGCAGCAGGCAGUGCAUACGGCAGACAAUGAAAACGCGUCGUGGUGCCAUCUCUUGAUGACCAUCUAUCAGAUGGAGAAAGACUCGCGCGCAUGGCAGAAAGAAUCGCUGGGCUAUCAUCCUCCCUUUGACCCAUCCCCCCCUCACUCCUUGGUUGUCUGCAUGCAGAGGAAGAAACGCGUCUGGGACAGCAUGCCUCAGGGCUUGACCAAGCCGUAUGCCACAACGACUAUCUCGCAUCUGGUCGAAAUUGCUGCCAUGCUUGGAAUUCACUGGAAGAAUUUUGAUUUGAACAACGACCGCUAUCGAGCUCAGGGCAAUGGCUACGUCCUAUAUGGCUCGUAUGUCGACAACCUAGGCAUCGGCUUUACCUUCCAAAAACAAGGACCCACGGUAUUCCGCCAAGACCGUGUGAUUCCAACCCACGAUAUCAAGAAGUUGUGCUUCGGACUGGUACCAACGAUACUCUACCGGGAGAAACUUGUCGACGUUGAUGACCACAAAGAUUAUGCGACUUUGCAACUCGGCGGCUACGCAGAGAUUGCAGAUACACUGGCGGAGUUUGGCUGCGAUAACAACACGAUCAACCACUUUCGGAAGACCCCCGACAGUUCCCGACAUAUACAAUCUUCUUUGUACAAUAUUGACCAGACAGCAGUUGCUUUCGAAAUUCUGGGAAUGGUUGGUGAGAUCUUCCACAUCAAAGACACGGGUUUUCGAAUGCUUCCAAAUCCCACCCCGUAUUACUGGGAAUCCAAUACCUUCUCUCUUUCUACCCUGACCAGCAACAUUGCCUCUCGACUGAAGGAGGCUGAAGAGGCACAUAGUCUCACCAGCGAGGGCGAUCAUGUCUCACAUCUGCUGAACUUUUACGACCAAAGUACGGAAAAGACCGAAAGGCCGCCCAACGGGUCCAUCAAUACUCAGACCAGCGCUACAACUCCCGCACACAGAAUCGCGCACUUGCGUGCUGGUGUCGAGCUUUGUGACCGCUACUUGGAUGACGUUGAUAUAGGAAUGGUCUUUCAAGUCAUCCGAGUGCAUAUCCAAGAAGUACUGGCAAUGCUCAACGAGAAAACAAGCUCAGACGACCUUGCUGGUCCUGGACUUGCCAAUGAGGGUCGGAGGUGCACCAUCAGCAUAAGCGAUGUUGAUUCGGCAUCUGUUGACGAGAAGCACCGUCUUCUGACACAAAUUUACUGCGAAUCGAUACGGAACAACGUGAUACAGACUGUUUACAAGCAGCGGUCCCAAUACAGUCAGAAAACAAGUGCGGAAAUGGCAGACUCCGAACCCAACGUGAAGCGAGACAUCAACAUGAUAUGGUGUACCCUCAUUUUUCGAAUGCUGUACUGGCUACAGCUGCACAACUUUCACAAGAAGGACAUUCAGAUUGACAAGGGUGAUGCCUACGACAGCCGAAUACCUGUGUACAUUCUCUGA